GGCGUAAACGAAAUGGCCGUGAUGAGAACUUUUCUCUACUUUUUGGCAUUUGUUUCCCUUGGAUCAGGCUUUGAAUGUAAAUUUAAAGAUUCUGAAAGGUCAGAUUCAGAUGGAGAUAAACUGCAGGUCCAUCUCGUUCCUCACACGCACGACGAUGUUGGUUGGUUGAAAACGGUAGACGAGUAUUAUUACGGAGCUAAUAAUUCCAUUCAACACGCUGGUGUUCAGUACAUUUUGGACUCAGUCAUUCCCCAGUUAACUUCAGAUAGUACCAAGCGAUUUAUCUACGUAGAAAUCGCGUUUUUCGAGCGCUGGUGGAACGAACAAAAUGAAGCUAUGAAAACGGAAGUCAAGAGGCUUGUCGCAAACAAACAGUUGGAGUUUAUAAACGCUGGUUGGUGUAUGAACGACGAAGCAGCCACACAUUACAAUGCGAUCAUUGAUCAAAUGACUUAUGGACUUAAUUUCGUGCAGGAGACAUUUGGAUCGGAAGCAAGACCCCGGAUAGCUUGGCAUAUCGAUCCAUUCGGUCACUCAAACGAACAAGCUUCAAUCUUUGCUCAGAUGUCAUUUGAUGGAUUUUUUUUGGGCCGCAUCGAUUACGCCGACAAGGAACUUCGUCUGAAACAGCAGCGAAUGGAGCUGGUUUGGAGAGGAAGCGCCAAAAACCUUGAAACGGACUCUGAUAUUUUUACAGGGGUGCUAUACAACAAUUAUGCUGCACCCCCCGGAUUUUGUUACGACCAAUCGUGUAAAGAUGCUCGGCCGGUACAAGACGACCCAAGCCUCUUCGGCUUCAAUGUCGAUGAAACCGUGGAACGAUUUGUGCAAGAAACUUGUGCACAGGCAUCACAUUACAAAACAAAUCACAUCAUUUUAACUAUGGGGGAGGAUUUCCAGUACGAAAACGCAAACACUUGGUACAAGAAUUUGGAUAAACUGAUCAAAUAUGUAAAGCAGGUAAGCGGAAACACGAUAAGCAUUAGGUCUAAUCAUUGAGCUUACAAUAGUAAUUGAACUUCCGGUAGCUUCCCUUACGUUCCAUACCUAAGAAAUCCUAAGAAAUGGGGGGGGGGGAGGGAUGGUACGUUUCUCAUUUGGGUGAGGGGUGGUACUGUUCAAAAUUUUGUUAUAAUGCUCUUUACAGACACUUUAUUAUUAAAUUUUUCAAUCCAUAAAAACAGAGUCGCAAACCCCGUUCCAUAAAAUGUCCUUUGCAUGCCACAGGUGAAUCAACAUACAUUAAUGUAAACGCAUUAUAUAAAAGGUAGAACAUGACAGAACAUGUAAGUUCCGUAAUUAACAACAUCAUUAACAACAACAAUAACAACAACAUCCAUAACAAUAACAACCACGGCCAUAGCUUCGUCUUCAAUUUGAUAGCAAAAAUGUACAGUAUUUCUACGUUUCUGAGUCACUGAAAUGGUUACAUAUUUUCUUUGAGAUAUUUAUUUGGAAUUUCAUUUCGAAACUUCAUAUGAGGUAAAAAAGUAUUUCUCUUGAAAAUCUAGGUCGAAAUUAAAUGAUUUUGAUGACUCGCUUGGACGUGAAAAUAUUGUAAUUCGUUGUAUUUGAAAGACCUUUAAAUUUUAGAAAAAUGAAGUGAAAAUUUGUGCAAGAGACAUGUACGCAGGCAUCGCAUUUAAUUCGAACUACACCAUAUUAACUAUGGCAGUAAUUUUCAGUGCGAUACCACAAAUACUUGCUACAAAAAUGUGAAUAAACUGUAUAGAGAUGUAAACUAGAUCAGCGAAGUAGGAAUAAUGCAUAAGUAUUGAAUGUAUCGCUAUUUCACGUUCCCAAGACGCUGGGGGGGUGGGGGUACCUCCCUACGCGGGUGGGUAGUACUCUCUGCAAAUAUGUCUCUCCGGCCUGUGAAGACGUUUUGUUUAGAAAUCCUUGUUUCCCUAUUCCAUCUGAGUAGAGGCUUUAUGUAACGAGAGGAUUAACAGUUAUUUAGUUUAUCUUGCUAUCGCUGAUGAAAAUAUAAAAUGUACGUACUACCUGACUUUAUUGGGCCAGCUCGGCGUGAACAGUUGUUGUUUUAUCAUAACUGUGAUAAGCGUCAAACUGUAACCUUCACUGACCUGUCCUGUUCCUCUGUUUGAUCAUUAUCUACCUGCAAUGUUUUGAAACUGAUUACUGUUGUAAAAGCGAAAUUUCCUCGUAGCCAAUCGUUCUUAAUGAAAAAUGUAUUAUAUCAUUAAUAACAUUACCUAAUCUUUAGCGUUGUAGUUCAGGCCUGAAUAGAACUGCUUUGAAAAGCUUUCUAUGGACACUUUAAGGUCUCGCCAGCACGUACCAGGAUGCACGUUAAACUCUACGUUGAGGCUAAGUUUUAGUGGAAAUUAAUGUCUUAAAGAUAUUCAGCAGCCGUAAUAGUCUGACUUUCGCGUAGCCCGUGAGUGUUCUCUCAGGAAGAACCCUUCCGAGAGAAGUAAUUUUAUAGUUUUUCCCCUGUCCAUUCAUUUGUAUUUGAAGGUAAAACCUGUUUUCAAAGUUAUUCCCCUUCCGCCGACAUAAAUACUGAAUGCUUAUGGUGACUUAAGAAAUUUUACCAGUUUUAUCUUAAGUUUAAAGAUUUGGGAGAAACAAAAGUUCCAUAAUCAUGACAAAAAGGGUUUAGUGGUUUUUCUAAGUCCAUAUCAUUGUAAUAGUUAUUUGAUUUCCUUUAGAAGUAUAUUUGCAAUUUACUGUCACACCCACAUUCAUUGUUAGAAAAAAACAAAACAAACACAACAACAAUAACAAAUUAGUUUUCGUGAAAAUAACGCGCUCCGUCAGUUGAACCUUGAAUGAAUUAGGGCCGCAAAAUUUCACUUGAGAGAUCUUCUGUUGAAAUAAAGACGUGUUGUAUGAACUGUAGCAGGACACAAGGAGGAACGCGGCUGCUGGCUGCAGCAUUGAAUGUGAUGCGUAAUACGUAGUCUAUGAAAACCAAAGUCAUGCGUGCACACUGGAAACUACUAGUUUCAGUCUUCCUCAUCCUCUUAGACAAUUUCACGGAAAUAUCUCGUGACUUGGUUUGUCGAACGUAAACUCUUGGUCAAACAUUUACUUGGAGAUUAGAGUUUUUUGGCUCCUGUAUCUUCCAAAGAAAGAAGAGAAUGGUGAUUUUCUUCUUCACUGUAAGUCUUUUUUGCCUUGGAGCAGCCUUCGAGUGUAAAUCUGACCGUGCCCUGAACGACGAUGAGAAACUGCAAGUCCAUCUCGUUCCCCACACGCACGAUGACGUUGGCUGGCUGAAAACAGUGGACGAGUAUUAUUACGGAGCUAAUAAUUCUAUUCAACAUGCUGGUGUUCAAUACAUUUUGGACUCUGUCAUUCCCCAGUUAACUGCAGAUAGUACCAAGCGAUUUAUCUACGUAGAAAUCGCAUUUUUUGAGCGCUGGUGGAACGAACAAAAUGAAGCUAUGAAAACGGAAGUCAAGAGGCUUGUCGCAAACAAACAGUUGGAGUUUAUAAACGCUGGUUGGUGUAUGAACGACGAAGCAGCCACACAUUACAAUGCGAUCAUUGAUCAAAUGACUUAUGGACUUAAUUUCGUGCAGGAGACAUUUGGAUCAGAAGCAAGACCCCGUAUAGCUUGGCAUAUUGAUCCAUUCGGUCACUCAAACGAACAAGCUUCAAUCUUUGCUCAAAUGUCAUUCGAUGGAUUUUUUUUCGGUCGGAUCGAUUACGCUGACAAGGAAUUACGUUUGAAACAGCAGCGAAUGGAGCUUGUGUGGAGAGGAAGCCGAAAUCUUGGAAAAGACUCCGACAUUUUUACCGGAGUUCUCUACAACGGGUACAACCCACCCCCUGGAUUUUGCUACGAUCAGUUUUGUGUUGACAAUCCUGUACAAGAUGACCCGAGGCUAUUUGAUAUGAAUGUAAAAGAAUCUGUCGAUAAAUUUGUACAAGUAACCUGCAAGCAAGCAUCGCAGUACAAAACUAAAAACAUAAUUUUAACUAUGGGUUCAGAUUUCAUGUACGAGAAUGCCAACCUUUGGUACAAGAAUUUGGACAAACUUAUCAGAUAUGUACAUGAAGUGAGUGCUUGUUUGUCUAUGGGUAACUUUUAGUCUAGUGUUGUUGUUGAUAUUGUUUGUUUGUUUGUUUGUUUUUCAAUUAAUGUAUUUGUUUUAAAUGUCACAGCUUUGUAGAAAACAUGGUCAUGAGAUCAUCGUAGUCAUGAUUUACAGGUGUAAACCCUGACUAUGUAAUUCUGAUGUGAUUUAUUCUGGUGCAUAAUGCUUUUCUCUUAAAGUAUCUUCACUAAAGAGCACCAAUGGGUACCAGUGAACUGCAUAUAUCAAGGAAUAUAGCCAUUAUGUUUAGGGGUGUGUGAGGAUCAGGGUGAGGGGGUUACCAGCAACAUCAGUACUCUAAACUGAUCUCUAUACAUUUCCUAAGGUGCUGGGAAGGGGAAUUUGUUUAACAAUCAAGAGCUGCCAUAGUUAAUGAUCAUUUUCUCCAUUCUCGUGACCUUAUGUUUGAUCCAGGGGUGAUAUUGUAAAGAGAAAUUGUAUGCUUUUCACCCUUAGUGGUAAAGGAUUAAUGUAAGGGAAACUCAGAUAAGCUCUCUUGAUGUGUGCUACUAUGCUUGAGAGCAGACCCAUUCUUACUUUACAGGAAAAAUCUCUCUGUAGGUUAUGUUACAAAGGUUUUUAGACAAAAAAAAUGUUUAGUUAUAUGGGUUGAUGUGUAAUCUUUUUUCCUUCCUUUGUGUCUCCAGGAUGGCCGUGUUAAUGCAUUUUACUCCACUCCUACCACCUACUUGGACGCUUUGUAUAAAGCCAAUCAAACUUGGGAAUUAAAAACAGAUGACUUCUUUCCGUACGCAGACUGUCCACAUUGUUACUGGACUGGCUAUUUUACCAGCCGUCCUGCACUCAAGCAAUAUGUCAGAUACAACAACAACUUACUUCAGGUUAGAAUUACCUUGAAUUUGUUAGGCAGUUGAGCUUCUAUUAUUAUUGCACUUUCUGUUCUCUUGAAUUAGGUCCAGUGGAAGCGUGAUGAUAUACUAAAAAAACAUACAAGAUUUUAACUAUUGAGGGUUUACAAAUUUCACACAAACUUUUGAGACAACCUGAAAUGCAACAUGUAACUUGUUUUCAAUACCUUUUUUUACUUAUUCUUUUCAUGCUCAUUUCAAUGCUUUUCCUGCGCCUGUCCUUGUUUUAGUGUUGUUUUCAGGGUUAGUUUCCUUGCAAAGUAUAUUUUACAAAAUACAGCAACAUUGACAAUGGAAUAAAAAGGGUUGUUUUCAGUGUGAGGUGUGUGUAAAUUCUUCUUUUAAGUAAAGUUUUCAUGCACUUGAAAACAAGUUGUCUUUACCUCUUUUGUCUGAGUCAAGUAUCAGUUCAGAUACGAGAACUUCACCCCUGGGGAUGGUAUGAAAUAUUUGUUUUGUUCCUGGAACCCAUAUAUCUAGAAAAUUGCAGUUCCAAGCUUUGUCCAAGGGUUCCAAACUUGGGGAUUUUCUCAUCAGAAAACAUUUGUAAAGGUUUAUAUGAAAAGAAAAUACUCAUGGCCAAAUGAUUCUUAAAUACUAGGUAUCUUCAUUUUUUUUUUCUGUUGAUGAUAACUUUGAAAUAAUGUUUUGAUCAGUAUCUUGAAGAGUAUUGUAUCCCUGAAUUUUGACAAAUCAGCCCUUCAAGCUGUCACCAUUUCAGUCUCCAUGACAGGUAGAAACAAUUUCAGCAUUUAACUUUGCACCAAAAGUCGCCAAUUUAGUUCCCUGAUUUAGUGGUAAUGCACAAAGCUUUGAUGCUUUUUACUUGCUUGUUGUUUAUGAUCUGGAUUUAAACCUAGAAUGCUUGCAUGGAAAAUUGUAAUCAGAGAAAUGCUCCAUCUUUUUUUUUUGACAAAAAUUUGUCUCUUUGGUUGCAGGGAAUUAGACUUUGAGAUGUUGCAUUGACUUCCAAAAUGAUUGCUACAAUACCUUUGUUUUAAAUUUUCCUUUUACUUCCGGUGACCAUUUGUCUCCACUUGUCUCCUUCAAAGAAUUUAAGCUUAGACUCAACAGGUCCAUUGUGUCAACAUUACCCAAACUUUUAUUUUAUUUUUGUAGGUUUGUAAACAGCUGGAAGUGAUGAAUGGUCCUGCAAAGAAAAAUGGCCCAAGUUCAGAUACACUGCGCAGAGCCAUGGGUGUGGCUCAGCACCACGAUGCUGUCAGUGGUACAUCAAAACAGCAUGUGGCUGAUGACUAUGCCAAACGCCUUGCUAUUGGUGCAGCAGAAUGUCAGGUAUGUUAAAAACAUUGCUUUUGUCUAUGUCGUCAGCUCCUUUCUUUUUCAUUUUUUUAUUUUUUUCUAUUUUGCAAAAUAAUUUGGAAUGCAGCUCCUUCUUAUUUGUUGUUUCUCCUACCUUCUAGCCAUAUGGGAUAUAUGAUGUUAUUAGAAUCAUGAAUGUGGUGUUAGCAUUACAGGCUGGCCUAUUUGUCUUAAUACUCAUACUUUUGUCUUACCAAAAGGCUUUUUAAAUUUGAAUUUAUCAAUAACCUAUACAAUUCUGAACUCAUGCACAUCAGAAAGUUUAUGAAGAAUUCAGAGUCCAAUCUUUCUGUCAUAUCACAGGCACAUAAUUUAUCUUAGUACAUGCAUUUGUUUCAAUUUUUUUGAAAACUUUGAAUGAUCAUGCAAUCAACUGUUGUGUGUGGGAACAUUUUAUAAGAUUCAUUUUUAUUGGUUAUGACUGUAAUUCAAAUUGAUACAGAGUAUGUUUCAUUGAACAUUCUUACAAUUGAGUUUGAUCAAAAGAUUUAGAUGAAUAAGAUCAGGGAAGUCCUUGAGAAGUAAUUUGUGGUCACAUGAAUGGAUCAAUUUAGAUGGAUCAGAUCUUGUUUAUUUUUAAUAGGAUGUUCAUUGCUUGAAAAAUAUUUUUUAUUAGAACAUUCUGGUUUGCUUCUAACUUUCAAUGAGACUCUAACAUUUGGCCCCAUGUUUGGCAUCCUGCCUAUAUCCCUGAUAAUGUCCUGCGGGAUGUAAAGAGGUUUGAGUGACAGGUAGUAAAGGAGGAAAUCCUUAAAAUGAAGAACUUACCCCAUUAAUAAAUGAUAAAAGAGAAAAAAAAAAGAAACAAAAGCUAACGCUUUUGUUUGUUUUUCUCUUUUAUACAAUUAACAUUUGAACUCCUCUUUCAACGAUAAGCAUAUGGCAGGACAAAAACAAAAAAAAAACUAUUGGGAGAGAGGAGGGGGGGGGGGAACGGGAGGGUAUAAGUCCCUGCACACCCAGAACCACAUAGCACCCAGAAAUGAUAACUUUCAGUUCACAACCUGAAAUCCCUACAGAAAUCAUCCAAAGUCUGAAGUCAUUUAAAGGGGUUACUGUAGGGUCUCUGGAGAAAAAAAAAGGAGAGGAGUACUAAGACAUAAUUCUUUAUCAUACUUAGGAGCUGGUUGGUGAUGUUCUUAACAAACUUAAAGUUAAAAACCCUGAAAUCAAGCCUCCUACUUUGACUUUCUGUGACCACCUCAACAUAAGCGUAUGUCCUCUGACUGAAAAGACUAAGUCCUUCACAGUAACUGUGUACAACCCUCUUGCUCGAGCUGUAGACGCUGUUGUUCGCCUUCCAGUAGCGCUGGCCUCGAUGAAUGUUUUUAGCCCACAAGGUAAACUUAUCGAAAGUCAAAUGUUACCAGUUUCUAACGAAACGAGACUGCUUCGUCAAGCUCAGAACCUGAUACAAGGUGACUCAUCUUUUGAGCUUAUUUUCUUUGCCAAAGUUCCUGCUCUUGGCUUUGCAACUUACUUCGUGAACUCUACUAAGUCAACAGUGAAGAGUAAAAUUUUCAAAGACGUCCCCAAGCGUGUUUACGAAGACGCAGACGAAGUCUCCAUCGAGAAUGAGUUUAUCAAACUGUCGUUUACGGAAGAUACUGGUCAUUUGACGAGUAUGACUGACAAAAGUUCCAAGACUACAACUGUGUUAAGCCAAGGGUUCUAUUGGUACAACGGCAGCUUGGGAGAAGAUGCCAGUAAACAGCCUUCCGGUGCUUACAUCUUUAGACCCAACAGCAGCCAACCGAUACCGAUCCCCCAGAGCAGCAAAGUAGAGGUCUUUAAGGGUACCGUUGUGCAAGAGGUACGCCAGGUGAUAUCACCGUUCAUCAGCCAAGUGGUCAGGCUGUAUGCCGGGCAAAGACACGCUGAGUUUGAGUACACAGUCGGACCAAUCCCAGUUGGGGAUAAAUGGGGUAAAGAAAUCAUCACCCGGUUUGACACGGAUAUCCACUCCAGUGAGCUGUUCUACACGGAUGCUAAUGGAAGGGAGAUGCAGGAACGUAAGAGGGACUACCGACCAACAUGGAAGCUGAACAAUACUGAACCAGUGGCUGAGAACUACUACCCAGUCAACAGUCGAAUGUACAUCAGAGACAGUGAGAAACAACUGACGAUUCUGACUGACCGGUCUCUGGGCGGGUCCAGCAUGAAAGAUGGCUCCAUGGAGAUCAUGCUUCACCGGCGGCUUCUCAAAGAUGACAAGAGAGGCGUGGGUGAGCCGCUGAAUGAGACGGGGAUCAGUGGUAAAGGUUUGAUCGUGCGCGGAAAGCUGUGUCUGAUUUUAGCACCGCCUAAGGAAUCUGCAGCUUUGCAUCGCGAGCAUGGCGAGAAGCUUUUGUUGGGGCCUGUGCUCGGCUUCGCACCCAACAGCCUUACGUUCAAGAAGUGGACGAGUCAGUACAACGCACUGCACAAAGGUCUCACUCGUGAGCUGCCUGCCAAUGUUCACUUGUUGACGCUGGAGACCAUGAAGGACCUCGCUUUGAUUCGCGUUGAGCAUCAAUUCGAGGGUGGUGAGGAUCCGAAGCUCUCGCAACCCGUCAACAUUUCCUUGGCAGAGCUCUUCACCGAUUUUACCGUCGAGUCCAUGACUGAAAUGAAUUUGGCCGCCAACCAGUUGCUAAAAGACAAGCAGCCUCUCCACUGGAAUAUAAAAAACAAGAAGAACAACGAAGAACAAAGAGAAAAGAAGAAAAUGGUAGCGCGAAAGGAAACGGAUUUGAACUUGCAUCUCACCCCGAUGCAGAUUCGCACCUUCAAAGCUGUCAUUAAGCGUCAUGGAGUGUUCCAGCAGAAAAGUGCCUAAGUGGUACGACAUCUAAAGCGUUCUGUUAACACAGCGAUCAAACGUCUGCGCAUGUGCAAUUGUUGUAGAGGCUAGCUGACAUGCUUUCAGGCUUUCAGAACUAUGUAACCUCACUAGACUUAGAACAACCUCACAAGUCCGUCAAUCACUGUAUUUUACACGGGUAUAAAUUGUUUGAUAAAGCUCCAAACAAAAUGAUAAAUUGACAAGGUACCAUUAGAGAAUGAGCUUUAUGUUCGAGAAUUCUCAAGGUUUCCUUUCCCCAACCCUUUUUUCUCGUUUACAGAUCUCUUUGAAAGAUUCCAUUUUUGUUUCCAAAUGUUGCGUUUUUGUUGCAAUUUUUUGUUUUCCUUUUAGAUUUUGCGCGGGAAAUUGGCGCGCAGCCGGCGAAAUUGUUAUGAACCAUUUGCGCAUGCCUAACGUUUGACCGCUGUAUUUUUUUCGGUCCCAAUUUGACAGCUGUUUUUUCUCUCCCUGAUUUUCAUACAUUAACUACGAGAAUUUGCUGCUUUGUCCUGAAUUCAAAAUUUUGUUUAGGAAAGAACUCUGCGUUAACACGAAAGUUUCCUGUUACAAGUGUUGAUGGUAAAUUUGAGUACCAAGUCAGGUUCUGUAGAAGAGGUUUUAAAUUAAAUUUUGUGUAAUUAAAUUAUGUCGACACAAAUCAGAUUUCUUAAUAAAUUCUUUAAUCAAAGGAAAAUUCUCGUUUAUCCAUCUUUACAGGAUAGGAAAGAACUCUGCGUUAACACGAAAGUUUCCUGUUACAAGUGUUGGUGGUAAAUUUGAGUACCAAGUCAGGUUCUGUAGAAGAGGUUUUAAAUUAAAUUUUGUGUAAUUAAAUCAUGUCGACACGAAUCAGAUUUCUUAAUAAAUUCUUUAAUCAAAGGAAAAUUCUCGUCCAUCCAUCUUUACAGGAUUGUGGUGACA